CACACACACACACCCAGCACUGACAGCAAACUGCUGCAUAUUGUUUUUUUUUUUUUUUUACCGGCUGCAACAUAUCCCUCUUCUCUCUUGUGGGAUUGACGAACUCGAGAGAGCAAAUCGGCAGGCAGUACAUCCGUCACACAACUCCUGCCGCAUACCGACCAAGCAAGCUGUUGUUGCUUUUGCCUCUACCCCAGCCUUUAACUGACGACAUCGCACUCACACUCCUUGUGCUCAACCAACCCAGCCAUCGCCAAAAAGGGCCCCUUGGGCGCGGCUCUAUUUGCUCACUCGUUAAUUCGGUCCCUCCUUGAACAUCAUCUCAAGUUUGCUGAAGCAUUUAUUGGCUGUUUAAUCAACAAGCUAGCCAGCAAUCCACAUCGCUUUCGGAUUAGCCAAGCUGGAAAGCUGACAUAUCUUGAUUCUCAUUCGGCAAAGCAAGCAAUUGAUUCUGCGCCUGUUUGGCGAGCCGACUUUGCUUUCCGACCGUUUUUACGCCGCCAGUUGAGAACAAACUUUCGUCCGAACCCCUACUUGCGGUAUAGCAACAGGUCGCCUUACCUCUGGUCUAGCAUUACCCGAGCCCCUGCACCGUUUUCGUCCAAGCUCUCGAGAGUGCACCGGCGCCUCCCGCCCAAUUCACAAUCUGCAUCUGUUAUAAUUAUUCAUUAGUCCAGCCCGAUAAACCAACACCAUAUGGAUGCGCGGCACGGCCUGCCGGCGGCCGGUAGCCCGGACGCUGAUGAGGGCGCUCUCGCCGCUGCCCGCCUUCAAAUCCAGCGCCUAACCGACAAUGGGCUAUCUGCAGAGACACUGCUGCGCGCGCUGCUGGAAAAGUGCCCGACUCAAGUCCAGUCUGCAGGGCUGUGGCAGCAGCAGCAGCAGCACCCCGAGUCAUGCUUUACUCCCUCGCCGUCCUCCCCCUCGCCUUGCGCCUCCCCAACCUCGACAAUCCAUAGCUCCAAUAGCGUCUCCGUCCCGACUACGUUUGACCAGACCAUCGCUGCCGCCUUCGAGAAUAAGACGGCAGCCAACAGUGUUGACGAACGCCAAAGCGUUGGUGCGAAGCAGCACGCACCCCGCCUUUCCGUAUCGUCAACGCGCACUGGCUCAACGGCCAGAUCGCGUGCCAGUGUCAUGUCGUCUGCAACUUCGAUAAGCUCCACGUCGUCGCAGGGUAGCGGCAUGAGCCGUUACUCCCAGCUCCCAGGCACGCAGUCAUUCAACAGCCGGCCAUCGACCAGGGCUUACUGGUGCACGUCAUGUCCCCAGAAGCUGCAGCGCAAGUUUGACUGGAAACGCCACGAGGACGAGUUCCAUGAGAGGUAUAAAAAGUAUCCUUGCCCUGACUGCAACCGAGUCUUUUGGGGCGCCAACACGUUCAACCAACACCACAAGUCUCGCCACAACUGCAAAACCUGCCCUCACGCUGACAAGGUGGUACGCUACUCGAAGCGCAAGCGUGCUUGGGGUUGUGGCUUCUGCGCGGCCUUUUUACCAUCUCUUGAGCGAUAUUUUGAUCAUGUCGCUGUGCACUACGAAUCCGGCAAGACCAAGGCCCACUGGGACCAUGCCCUUGUCAUCUAUGGUCUCCUCCACCAGCCUGUCAUCCAUGAUACAUGGAAGGCCCUCGAGUCGGCCAAGUAUGGGGGUUUGCCCCGAGAGCAGCGGCCCAAAAUCAGCUGGGAUCCAAAGAAUACGGGUCGCUCGCAUGGAUACCUUGAGAACGAGGAGCCUGGUCAGCUGCAGGAUUUGUUAGAGUUUUUCGACCCGGCCAAGGAUAAUGCGCAGCAAAUUGUUGAGCUCGCCUGGGAGACUGCCAUCCAGCUAGUUGUCUCUAUGGAACCCCAGCAGGCCUCUGGGGUGGGGAGGAGGCCGUCACAAUAUAUCGGGCAUGCACAGGUUGUUCGUCCCGAGGGAGUAAAGCAGGAGGAUUUACAACACCAGCAGCAACAAAUGCAGUCGCCGCCAGAAAUGUCUUUACCACAGACUCAACGCCCGCUACCUCGGCAACCUUCGAUACAGAUGCUUCCCCAGGAGCAGCAGCAGAUGCUGGAGGUAAAGCAAGAAUGGCCCUCGUCGACUGAGACGCUGGCCCCUAAACAGGACUGGCCCCUCACAUCCGAUGCCUCGUCCGUACACUCCAUACAAUCAAUUCCCUCUCCAUUGCCACCAGGCAUGCAGCAACAGCAACACACGACAACGGCGCCCCCACCAUCACAUCCGCCGCCUCCUCCGCCGUCCCAUCGGAUUGAUACACAGGUGUCAAUCCCUUCCGAUCCCAUGUCUCUUGACCCGCGACCGAUGCCGACGGACCAGAUGGUCUUGGAUCAACGUGGGCCGGUGGCUUUCGAGCAGAACUUCUACCAACCUGUGCAGAUGAGUGGAUUCUCAAACCCGCCUGCCCAUCCAAUGGAUUACACUUCAUUCAAUGGCACUGUCGACUUUGGCAGCGGAUUGAUGUACACUGGUGCAACAGAUUGGAAUUCAUUAGUGGCUGCUGUCACGGCGGCUGAUACUGGGAUGGGCAAUACUAGCUCUGAGGGCCAGCAGCAACCGCAGCAGCAGCAGCAGCAACGAAUCCCGCAACAACAAGGUUAUUGGCCUAAUGGCUUAUACCCAGUUCAGUCCUGAAACGGCCCCAAUGCCUUACUCAGGGUGGGCAAACUCCACCUGCUUUAUAUAAUAUACCCUUUCAUUUGUGUCAGUAUCGACUAUUGUUGUUCCCUUCGUUUAUACACCUGGGCUAUAAUAAAAUCAGAAAAGAAGGAAGCAAUGUCUUUGUAUCCUGUGUAAUUGAUAGUCUAAUCUCCUAGUUCUUCUUUCUUUUGUUUGGGCAUCUUCUGGGAAACGAGCGAAGAAUCUGCAGCAGAAGCUAUUUCUGUAUGAAGACAACGGGCUAUGGAUAUGGCACGGUUGGUUUGAUAUGUGUUUAUGGAUCGGGCUUGCAUGGAUUGUUUUAUGCCAAUGUACAGCGUCGGCGUCGAGGGCACAGAAGUUGUUAAUAUUACCUAUCUUACCUAG